AUGUGCGCAAAUGAGAAAGCGCUGGACUGGGCAAAAGCCUUCAAGAAGUCAUGGUAUGGAUUGGGGCUGUUGAUCUUCGGCCGCGAUAUCGCGCAGGAUUGGAGGAACCUUUGGAACCGGCAGCCAGUUCCCUCUUUGCCCAUGACAGUCCGGAGUGAGAAGGAUCCCAAGAAGGAAAUACCGUUGGUAUUCUAUCCUGACUACAAUGCAACCAUCGAUGAUCCGGAUAUGAGGGUGAAGGGCAACCUGAAUGCAGAUGUGGCCAAACUUCUGGUGGAUAAGUUCAAGGAUGCCGAAGUGGCAUUGAUCUUCAAUGACAGGGGUGGUCACAUGGUCGGAAAACUGACUGAAUGGGAAGCGAGCGCCGGUGCCUUUAUCAUCCGCGCGCCCCACGAUACUUACAGGCAGAUCAAAGAAGCCUACCGAUCGCAAGCUUCGGAACCCAUCAUUCUACUCGUGUUUGGCGACAAAAGUAAGCCGGAUCGGCGGCAAGUUCUUCUUCACGCAGAUGAUUCGGUCGAAGUAACACAAUGCGCCUGGAAAUGGCUAUGUAGUAUUGGCCUCCCUAUAGUCAUUGCUGUCGGAGGAGCUGUCUGGUGGUUUUUUGACAGCUCGUGGCAGCUGGGUUAUGCAAGCAUCUUCUUUCUGAUGAUGCCUGACUUGAUCCAGGCGUUCAUGCGCAACCAGACACAUCUUCAAUCUGCUAUCAAGGUUCAUUCGAACAUGACAGGCCUUCUGGAUGAGGAGUGGGCCAUCCUCCAGCAAGGUUGGAACUGUACGGUCCAGUCCAGGACCUUGGGAAGCCAUGUAGCUGUCUGGGACUCGGCGCUAUUCUUCUGUGGCUGUGUGCUGUAUCGGCUCCACAACAUUCGUAACAAGACCACACACAGGCGCUGCCUGCACUACAUCUCGCAACAUUCCUUCCCUGACAAACUGGAGGCCGAUGUUUCUCUGGGCUGGUGGUUUGAGACUCGGGCCACCAUCUUUGCAGAUGUCAGUCGUAGUGUUGCAAAGCGGAACAUCAUUUUCGGCUUGUUCAUGGUUGCCGAGUGUGCAAUGAUUAUUCUCACAUGCCUUGCCUCCCUUUUCGACACUGGGAAUGAUUUCGCGGUCAUGUGCUACGCUACGGCAUACGGUGUUGGUUUGGGUUUGUUGACCCUGCUGUUCAUGUACCUGGCCAGCAACGUCAACACGGAGCUGCAGAAUGGGUUGAAGGAGGUCAAUUCGUCUGAGACGAAAGAUAUCGAGCAGGGUUCGCCUGUGACAAUGUUGAAGCGGCGAAGGGAUAAACAAGCACAGGAGGCCAUAUCGGAGCUUCUGGAUUAUGAGCGCAUCCAUCCUGCAAAGCUAAAGUUCAUGGGCGUGCCAUUCACGAUCGAAUUUCUGUGGGGCUAUGCGGCGCCGCUAGGUACCUACGCAACGGGUGUGAUUUAUUGGAUCGUGCAGAACACGCUUAUACACGCAUAA